AGCUCAAUAACUCGUGCAUCCCCCCGAAAGAGGGUCUUGCUACUACUAAUUCAAAGCCCGGCCAGGGUGUCGUAUUGUACCUAUUACGGCCCGUACGAGAUACCAAAGCACCCCCCGGUAACUGCCGUUAUUUUAUGGAGGAUUAUAGUGGCCUGACCAUCAUCGAUCUCCCACUUCAUGCCGAGCUGCCAGGGUCUCUAAUAAGCGAAGGACAGGGGUGGCCCAGACAGAGGGCAUUAUUGUCGCCGAACAUAAUAAUGUACCUGCCCGUCUCCCUUCUUCCAGACGUGGAGUGAUACAUUAGAUCUGGAUUUCCCAAGGGUCUUUGCAAAACAUCAAACUCUGUCGCCUUUUCAAAUACAAUCAACAUUCGACUAUCUCACAAUCAACAGCCCAGAAUGCCUUUCUCACAGCCCUUUAACCAAUACCAAGGCUCAUCAUACGACAACAACGAGCAGUCUUGGGGUGAGGUCGACUUCACAAAUUCAUUACCAUCCAACGACAACUUCAAGUCGUUGAAUGAUACCAACUUCUAUGACUUCAACACUCUCCCAAACAAUACCCAGAAUGCUCCUUCACCAAACUACUCACAGUUCCUGAACUUCGACUCUUCAGAGGUCGGCUCCUAUUCGGUACCCAGCGAAAGCAUCUCGCCCAACACCUUCAAUGUGCCGCUAGCCUCCAACAACUAUCCCAUCAAACUCGAGGACAGUCCCUCUCUGAACGAACCUCUCUCCUGUGCAUUCACUAGACAGUCCGGAGAAUGCAGCCCACAGAGAUGUGGACCAGAGCCUUCGUGCCUACAGCUGGCCAGUCUCGCCGAGAUUGAGGAUUGCACCAAUCCAUUCGAAACCAAUCCUGUGAAGAAGACUUCACGCUCAAACUCCAACUCGUCCAAUCCCAAACCCAAAGAGGAGAGAGAACGAAAACCCAGGUCGAAACGUGGGCACAAGGGCUCUUCCAGUGACGAAGAGUCGGCCCAACUCCGGGCCAAACAAGCACAUUCGGUCGUCGAGAGACGAUAUCGCGACAACCUCAACGGCAAGAUCACACAGCUGCAUCGUGCCUUGGUCGCAACGGAAGCCACCUCGAGACUGACCGGCAUGCCCUCUCAAGACUUCUACUCAUCACGAGAACAUCGGGGCAAGGUCCGCAAGUCGGAUGUGAUGACCGAUGCUAUGAACUACAUCCACCAGUCCGAAGUCGAAAUUCGGCACAUGACGGACGAAGUGGCUCGCCUCAAUGAGCGAGUGCGGACACUCGAGAAGCUGGUGAAAUGCGAAGACUGCACACUGCUCAAGCAGAUGGUGCGACUACAGCUUCAGCAUCAACAGCCGAAUUGAAAACCCGGCACUGACAGGUGAUUAAUGGUUUCAUUUGAUCUCUCAAUGACACACUACUCCUCCGACUCUUUAUGUACCUUGUGUGUGUGGUAUCAAAAAGUUGAUGGGAUGUUGCCCCGAGGCUUGACUGGAAGGAUGGGGGCGAAUCGGCGUCACUGAGCACGAUGCUCUCAGGUGGGAUGGAUUGCUUUUCGGCCUUGGGAGGAUUUCAAUCGCUUUUCUAUCGCUUCCACAGUGAAUGGGGCUGUCCACUUAACGUGGUCCAGACAAGAGUAUGGGUUUCUGGUCUGGAGGCGUUGGUUUUUACGAAUGUUAUGAUGACUCUCGACUCGCACUUUCUGUGCUUGAGUCCGUUUUGUUUGCGAAUUGCAAGUCUGCUAGGCGGCCUACAGUACAGCCGUUUCUAUGUAAUAAUGAUACAAAACACGAUUCCAGAAGUG